AUGCAUUCUCAUCUACACACAAAGGACAAUGUCGGGUGCGAGGAGAUUAUGAACGCACUCGACGAAUGCCACGCUCGAGGAUUUCUCUACAAGGCUUCGGGCGGCUGCAACGAGAUCAAACGAGAAGUGAACAAGUGCCUGUCAGGCGAGCGGACCAAGAAGAGCAAGCGCAACCGUGAGACUGGACUCGAGCGCCGCGCCCGGAUCGAAGCAGUGUGGGCAAAGAUGGACGAGGGAGAUUAUUCGGCCCUGGAGCGGUUCACCAAGCGAAACUAA